GAGAUUUCCGAACUUUUUGUGUAGGAUUGAGUGAAAGAAUCCAACUAUGAAGCGAAACAGUCUGAGCAGUGACAAAGUUGAGCUUCUUCGGAAUAUCUCAUUCAGUCACCGAAUUGAUCCUGCAGUCGAGCUACCAAACCAGAUACCUGUUACUUCAGAGAUUACCAAGUCCUCUGCGAUAUGCAACGCGACAGUGAAAUGGAAGUCUCGAUUAUCAACAAAUCAGGCUCCAGACAGCAACCUCCUCCUGGAUGCAGCGUCAUCUCCUACCAAACGAGCAGGAGCAUCGAAUCAUCAGGAUCCAAGAGAGAAGAAUCCGGAGGUAGUCAUCACCGCGGUCGGCUCUCAGUCCAAUGUCCAUGCUGAUGACGGUGGGCUGAUGAUGAAAGAUACCAAACCUCCCGAUGCAGACAACCUCAGUCAGAAUUCGGUCUGGACCAGGCAAGGAUCCAUUCAGGGUUCUAGACCAGACUCCAGACAUGGGUCGAGACCUAGCUCCAGGAAUUCGCUGGCCUCAGGUCGGGUGGCAUCCGCACUCUUUGCCAUGGGAACGGGGGCAUCAUUCACGGAGUUACCUAAAGGAGGGAUGGGUACUGAUGGUCAAACACAGGUGUCAAGAGUCAACUCUGUGGACAAUCCUCUCCUUGCUGCUAUCCCGUAUCUACCAGUCAAACUAGCAUGGAUCUUUCUCUUAUUCAACAUUCUUGUGCCGGGUUUGGGUACAGUUCUGGCAGGUAUUAGUAUGUUAUGCUGUGGGACUAGGCAAACGACUAACAAACAAGACGACGAGAUGGGAUUGUGCUGUACAAACAUCUUCGUAGGCGUGUCACAACUCUUCACUGUAACCUUCCUUCUGGUUGGCUGGAUAUGGAGUAUCACGUGGGGUGUCUACAUGGUCGUCUUCGCACUUGAGCAUAAGAAAUCGAUUGAUCAAGAGAUGAGAUUGAAACGAGUUACGACUGCUGCUAAGGCAUUCAAGGCUGGACGUGUUAUCUAAGGAGUCUACCGACCAAACCAUUAGAAGAUGAUCUGAUGGAGAUGUUACAUGGAAUUCAACGAACAACCUUUAUGAUAAAUUCCAUAAUACAUGGAUAAUUAUGAGCGCAAUGCACAAAUUGAAGAAAAGUGGUAGUUUGUGUUUAAUUUUUUCUUUUAAGGAGAUGUAUUUUACUUUUAUUUAUGUGCCUGUUCCAUUACCACCUUGACUUACUCUAUUAAGUAUAAUACAGUUAUGUGUAAAGAUUGUAAUUAUCUGAACAUUGUGUAUUGUACUGUGUUCUUUGUAUUCUUCUCAUGAGCUUGUUUAACAAAGUCACUGGCAUGAUGAAAAAUGUAGUUGGAUAUUUUGCGGUAUCUUAUUAUUUGUGUAACGAUGUGUCCUGUGAACUCAUUUUGAGUUGUAGAAAUAAAAGGGCGCUUUAUUUUGUCUCGUAGCUUGACAAAUAUUAUCAAGAGUUGACAAUUGCGCGAAUCGGUAUUUUCACUGCGGUGGGGUUGCAGUAACUUUUUAAUUACCACGCCACAUAAUAUACAAUAUACAUGUAUAAUACGCAAUUGUAUAAGUAAAUUGAUUUUUUAACCAGCCCGUCAGAAUAGGACCUUUGUGUAAAAAACAACAUGCAUACAAAAACAAAGCUAAUUACCAUUUUGUUUUGCUUGCCACCCCCUCUCCCCCUCCCCUCUCCUAUCACGUUUGAAGAGAGAUUUCCAUGCGCAAAUAUUCUUUCUCUCCAAAAAGCUUUAUACAGUUCAUACGGGCCUAUUCAAACCUUUAUAAAUAUAAUUGACUCUAUUCUUGAUUUUGGUCCCAAAGUGGGUUCGUUUCCAACAGGAUAAAACUUACAUUACCAUGAUUUAUCGUGUCUUUCAUUUUACGUGUGUGGUUAUGGCAAUAUUAUUGUACAAGUUUUUAUUCGCUGAAUGUCAUUUUUAAAAUAUCUUCAUCAAAUAUCAUUAUGAUCAUAUUGCAUGUCUGAUGAUGAUAGGUUUAUGUAAUCCUCUCAGUCGGUGAGAUAUGACAACAAUUUCAUAGUGUACGUGUCGACAGACAGUUUACUAUAGGCCUAAUCAUUUUUUAAUGAGUACAUUUUUGUAACGAUUUAAUUAGUAAUUGAUUGUCCGUAUAGUGUAGGUCUGACUAUUAAGUAUAUUUCACCCACUCCUAUAGCACUGUGCAUGACGUCGAUAGCUGUCUCUAGAAGACAGAAAAUAAGUCAUGCUCUGCUAAAGGAAAAAAGCGUGAACCUUACAAUCAUCAUCAUUAUUAGGGACUUUUCGAUUUGCACGACGAGAACGUGGACUGCAACGUGUGACAUCCUUUUAAGGCACUACGUGACUGCUUGUGCCUGAAAAGGGCGUCGCACGUCCACGCAAAUCUAAAAGUCCCUAAUAUCAUUGUUGUGACAAUGCCCUUGAAAUUGCUUUAUCACUCAAGGUAUUUGUUUAUUAUACUAUUGAUGCAUGACAUGACUACGUGCAUAUUAUGUAAUAGCACUUCCUCAAGCAAUGUGUCUAGCAUAGCACCAUCUAUUACUGUGCACUUGUUACACAUUCAGAAGUCAACAUGCAUUUGGUUGUGUUGUGAAGAUCAAGGAUCCCCUUUUUGCCAGCGCAUCAUGGGGAUUUGAGCCAUAUUAUUGUCAUAAAGGCAGGCAAAGCCGCAUAGAGGUUAGUUUUGUUGUAUAUUUAGUGUAUUUUUAGGAAUUAUCAUAACAUAAAGUGGAAAUUAGUGUGUCUGUUCUUGACUUCAUACCGAGAGAUGUUGAUGUUAUCAUGUAUACAUCAUCAUUAUGUAAGGAAAAAAAGCCUAUGCUGUUAUGAUCUAUGUACAUUUGACCUUGUUAUUGAAAACAUGAAUAACAGUGAUGAUAUAUUGCUGAAUACUUUGAAGGUUAAUUAUGAGAGUGCUGAAGCACUUAGUAGGGAUUCCUUUAGGGCUAUCAUUGCUAUGAAUGUGAUGAUGCUUUGAUGUACUUGUAUUUUUGAUCCUUUAUCUGUGUCAUUAUUCCACAGUUUUCACGGAAUGGAAUGGAAUG